AUGAUUCGUCAUUUGCGUAGCUGUCAUCCCACUGAAUACCAAACACUACAAGCAGCGAAACAGAAUAACAUAAUCACGAAAGAAGUAAACGGGAGCUUAAAUUGCACACAUCAUGACAGUGCAGCACUGAUGUCUAAACCAAGUGAUUUGACAAGUCAUUCUAUUGAAAACAUAAUCACAACUACAUUUAAUAUUAAGCAUAAAGAUGUAAGGAAUGUUACCAGCUAUUUGUAUGGAUAUGCCAAUAUUGGUCCUCAACAGAAAAAAGCAAAAUUUGAUGAAUGUUGCAAGGCAGUCGAUUUACGAAUGCCGACAACUAAUAAGACAAAUCAGAAGGAACUAGAUGAAAAAACAAGAGGAGUGAGGGAAAAUUUUUGGCCUGACGAUCAUCCGGAUGCACGCAGAAUUACGGAUCAGAUUGGAGUGAUGAUGAUUCUGGAUAAUCAGUCCCCUGUUACCAUUAAUCGUAUUGGUUUUCGAAAUUUACUCCGUCUUCUUCAACCUAAAUAUCGUCUUCCGUCAGUCGAGUUUUUCCAUAAAUUAAUUUUGCCUAGAUUGAUGAAUCAGCUGAAGUAUAGUGUCACUUCACAACUAAGUGAUCUUGGCAAUCAACAAAAUGAUUUAAAUGGACGACUGAAUGCUUUGGCUCCCAUGAUAGCAAAGGAAUAUGAUUCAGGAAAUUCGUUUUUGAGUGCUUACAGUCAUGAAAUUACUGCUUUUAGUACUGCUUGCAGCGAACAGAAUGACUUUGAUCGUGUUGUUAUUAAUUCAAUUCGAUCAGCACAGAACAUAUCUCAAAGUUUCUCGCACUGUAUUCAAUUGAAUAACGAAGAAUCUGAUUUGAAUGCAAAGUCAGAAAAUUCUUUAUCUGAUCGCAUCGACUCUUUCAUAAAACGUAUUGGAGAAUGCAUUUUUCCUCAAGUGGAGUUAACUGAUCUUUUGACUCGGUGCUAUCAUGCUUGUCGGCAUUUAGAGGAGUCUUCAAAUAAAGGAGUGCAACCACUGGCAGAACUGUAUCUUCAGCUACCAAUUAGAAGUCUAGAAUUAGCAGAUUGUGUCAAGUAUGUUCAAAAAAAUUUGGAACGAAUUCAUGAAGAACAUAAACGCUCUCCUAUUCCAAUGUUCAAACCUUUCAGCGAUCACGAGACUCAGUUUUUGUCUGAUCUCAACGAGCACAUUCAUUCAGUUUAUAUCUGUCUGUAG